CACCAUCACCCAGCACUGGCUUCAGGGCUGCUCAGCGGGGCUCAGCCUGGGGCUCUCCAGAGGACAAACCCCAACUUUCGCCCGGAGCAGGGAGAGGAAGGCCCUGGGGCAGGGAGAGAAAAUCCCCCUUGGGGGAAAAGUAAGCAAGGAAGACAUCCAGCUUGAGUGCCUGGCAGCGGAAAGGCACUCACAGCCAGGGGAGAGGGGAGCCUGAACUUCUCUCUGCCAGAAGAGAGGGCUCCAUACUCAGGCGAAAAGUAAAGUUGAGCCACAGGAGAGCAUUUGCUGGGUUGAGGCUUAGGGAAGAAAAGCUCCUUGCCCUCGCCCUCCCUGCCCACAGAAAGCGCCCUGCUCCCUUCACCCUAGAGGAGACCCCCCUGGCACCAUGAACGUCUUCCGCAUCCUGGGGGACGUCUCCCACUUACUGGCCAUCAUUAUUCUCCUGCUGAAGAUCCUGAAGUCCAAGUCCUGCGCCGGUAUCUCUGGGAAGAGUCAGAUUCUUUUCACCCUCGUCUUCACAACCCGCUAUCUGGACCUGUUCACGACCUUCAUCUCUGUCUACAACACUGUGAUGAAGGUAAUUUUUUUGAUAUGUGCCUACAUCACCGUGUACAUGAUCUACGUGAAAUUCCGGAAAACGUUUGACAGUGAGAAUGACUCCUUUCGCCUUGAGUUCCUACUAGUCCCUGUCACAGGCCUGUCAUUUCUGGAGAACCACAGCUUCACCCCCUUGGAGAUACUCUGGACCUUCUCCAUCUACCUGGAGUCCGUGGCUAUCCUUCCUCAGCUCUUCAUGAUCAGCAAGACAGGAGAAGCAGAGACCAUCACAACGCACUACCUUUUCUUCCUGGGCCUCUACCGUGCUCUCUACAUUGCCAACUGGGUCUGGCGCUACUACACAGAGAAUUUCUAUGACCAGAUCGCUGUAGUUUCUGGGGUAGUACAAACCAUCUUCUACUGUGACUUCUUCUAUCUCUAUGUUACCAAAGUUCUAAAAGGAAAGAAGCUAAGUCUUCCCAUGCCUGUUUGAAGACAUUUCCACAGACAACCCAAGAAAUUCUGAAGAUGAAGCUCUUAAGAUCACAGCUUUCCUUUCCUGGCCCUUUUCAACUAAUGGAUGGCUCAGCUGAGUUUCACUCCAUUGGCAGGAAGAUGAUGAGGCCUGGAAAGCUGAUAUGCUUUUCAUCCAUAUGAGACUUUCCCUUUUUUUUAUAUAUUUUUUUUUCUUACUUGAAUUUGGUGCUAGUAAGUAGUGCUGGCCAAUACUGAAGUAGUGCAAAUUAUUCUCUCCCAGCUCUUCCCAGCACCUACCUCCAAAACACACCUCCUACCUUGAUUCCUGAGGCAGCACAAGGAGUCUAAGGGAAAUGUCACUACCUUUAGUCCUUCAGUCCUUUAAGCCUAUAGUAUAAAGGAAACAUGGUUGGAUACAACAUAUACAAAGGCCACUGACCCAUUUUACACAUGGCCACAUCUGACACAGCAGAUG